CAGAGUUUUCCACCCUAGCGUUCUAGGGUUCUGGGCUUUGCAUGACGGCGAUUGCUUUGACUACGUCCAAUUGAGUUUAUCGUUGAUUAUGAAUUUAUGAUGGCUGAUUCAAUGGAAAACCUGUAUACGCGUAUGACGUUGGAAGAUGACGGCGUGGAGGAAGUGAAUGUGGAGGAGGCACUAUCAGACCCAAACUUUUCGAUUCCAAACCUCUCAGUGGUUGGACGAGUUCUAUCGGAAAAACAGGUGAAAUUUUCUAUAUUCAGAGAUACUAUGGCUGAUGUUUGGAGACCUGGUAGGGGGGUUAACAUUAGAUAAUUGGGUGACCGACGAUAUCUUUUUCAAUUCUUUCACGAAGUUGAUGUCAGUAGGGUGAUGACGAGUUCCCCGUGGUCUUAUGAGAAUAGUCUUGUUAUUCUUAAGCGUCUGGAGCAAGAGGACAACCCAUUAACAGUUCCUUUUACUCAUGAGAAUUUCUGGAUCCAGGUGUAUAACCUACCGAUGAAGAUGUUUACAGAAAAAAUGGCCAAGAUCAUCGGAGAUCAUGUUGUACAGUUUGUCCAGGCCAAUGAGAACAAUUCUAAAGGAGGUUGUAAGCUUUUUAUGCGGAUUCGAGUGAGAAUGGAUGUUAAAUUUCCACUGAAAGGCAGAAUGAAGCUAAGAAAUGGAGCGGAGAUUUAUUGGGUGGACCUAAAAUACGAACGGAUCCCACACUUUUGCUUUAUUUGUGGAUGCAUGAGACACGUUGAUCGGUUUUGUCCCAGAUGGUUGGACGGCAUCACUGCGGAGCAGAAGAAACCAUUUGGGGUUUGGCUGAAGGCGGGGGGAAGGGGAGGCUGGAAGGAAGGAAGCAGAUGGCUGGUGGAUGAAGAAGGUCAAGCUUUAAGCGGAACAGGAAAAGGGGAACUGAAUGAUCAACACAACAGCAAAACACAAUAAAAUACGGAUGAACAUGAAGUUGAGGGUGACGGAAAAUUGACAGGAGGUGAGCCCGAACUGUUGCUUGGCAAUUUACUGGGAUGGAAAGGAGGAGCCGAGGAUGACACGAGGGGAUCAUCCAAAAACGAAAGUCAAAUGGGCAGGAUGAUACAUCGGGAGCUCCAAUGGAAGAAGAUAAAGAGGUAGACCAGUCAAAAAACGUGGUAGCGGCGGGACCUGGUUUCCAGGCCCGCCGAGCAUUAUGACUUGCUUAAGUUGGAACUGCCGAGGGCUGGGAAAUCCUUCGACAGUUCAGGUGCUUGUGGACUAUUUCCACUCUAAGAGGUCAUGUUUAGUUUUCUUAAUGGAAACUUUUGCUAACAAUUCGAAGGUGGAAGAGAUUAUGAGAAAAGUUGGGCUCAAUUCUUGCUUUACGGUGGACAGUAUAGGACACAGAGGAGGCUUAGCCCUGCUGUGGGGCGAUGGGGUUACGGUACAAAUCAGAGAGUCUUCCCCUCACUUCAUUGAUGUUUUUGUGCAGUUAGAACUGUAAGAUCCCCCAUGGCUCUUUACUGGAUUCUACGGUUGCCCUGAGCGUUCCAGAAGGCGGGAAUCAUGGGAAAUUCUAAAAUCUUUAUGUUGGUUAUGGAUGACUUUAAUGACCUGAUGUUUGUGGGAGAAAAAGGGGCAAGAUUCCUCACCCGCCAUGGCUUCUUCGCGGAUUUAGAGAGGCGGUAUGGGCUAGUGGUCUGAGCAAUUUUCACUUCGACGGGUACCGGUUUACUUGGGAACGGUGGCGGGGGACACCCAACUGGGUCGAAGAAAAGCUGGAUAGGAUUUUAGUCUCAGAUAGUUGGCUAGACAGAUUUGGUAAUGCAGCGGCCGAGACUCUUGAUGGGGUUCCUAGUGAUCACCUGGCUUUGAUUAUCAGACUCAACCCGGUUAUGGGGUGAGAAGACGCAGGAGGCCGAUUUAAAUUCGAGAAUACAUGGCUCAGAGAGGAAGAUUGCAGAGAGGUAGUGAUUCGUGGAUGGCUGGCCGGAAAGGGGAGAGGAGUGGUUGCUCAAAUUCAAGCAUGUAGUAGAGAAGUGGGCAGGUGGGGACGUGGGGUAAGGGUAGGGGCGGCGAUUUUGGGAAACAUAUUGCCUUUUGUAGAAAGAGAUUGGAGUAUCUGCGCCUGAAAUCAUACGGGUGGAGUGUGGCGGAGUUUAGCAGAGUCAAGGAGGAAUACUUAGACCUCCUUGAAAAGGAAAACCUAUUCUGGAAACAACGAGCGAUGGAAUUUUGGUAUAGGGAGGGGGGUCUAAAUACCCGCUUCUUUCACAAUGUAGUUAAGCGACGGAGAAGAAAGAAUAGAGUGGAUGGUUUUAAGAUGGAGGGGGGGGGGGGGGGGGGAGGUGGGAGACGGAUAGGGUGGAGGUGGGGAGGAUGGUGGAGGAUUAUUUUCAUAACUUAUUUUCUUCCUUGAAGGGCAAUCGUGAAUCUGUUCUGAGAUGUGUCUCUAGGAAGGUGUCGGAUCAACAUAAUGUGGAAUUGCUUAGACCCAUUCGGGCAGAGGAAGUUAAGCAACCAAUAUUCUCUAUGUACCCGACUUCUUUUAACAUUUUUGGGACGUGAUUGGACUGGAUGUGGUGGAUUUUUGCAAAGCUUCUUUUGAUACAGAGCAUCUUUCUGAUCAGGUUAAUCAAACUCACAUUGUCUUAAUCCCUACGAAAGAUAAACCUGAAGUUCUAGGAGACUGGAGACCGAUAGCACUUUGCAAUGUGAUUUAUAAAAUCUACUCCAAAGUGUUAACUAAUCGUAUGAAAGGACUUCUUCAUAAUUGUAUUUUGGAGUAGCAAAGUGCUUUUAUUCCUAGGCGUUCUAUCAUUGAUAAUAUUAUGGUAGCUUUUGAAGCUCAACAUUACUUGAGGAGGAAAUGACAGGGUCGAAUGGGAUUUUCUUGAAGGAAUGUUGAGAGGCCUAAGCUUUGCGGAUAAAUGGGUGCGGAUAAUUAUGGACUGUGUUUCGUCAGUUUCUUAUUCCAUUCCCUUUGACGAUAAGGAAUUGGGACCCAUUAUCCCAACAUGAGGCUUACGUCAAGGGGAUCCGCUGUCUCCAUAUCUUUUUCUCAUUGUAGUGGAAGGAUUGAGUGCCCUUAUUCGCAGGCAGGAGUCUUGUGGUUUGAUUCAUGGGGUGGUGGCGGCUAGAAGGCCCCCGAGGAUAUCUCACCUUCUAUUCGCUGAUGAUAGCUUAUUCUUCUUCCAAGCUUCACAUAGUGAAGCUUCCACCAUUCGCAAUACUUUACAAGAGUAUGAGUCGGCUUCUGGGCAAGUCAUUAAUUUUAAUAAAUCAAAACUCUUCUUUAGCACAAAUGUUGCAGAUGGCGUUAAGGAGGGUUUGAUAGAAAUGAUGGGAGUUGGUUUUGCUGGGGAGGAGGAAAAAUAUUUGGGGCUGCCAGCCCUCUUUGGUAGAAGCAAAAGGGAGAUUCUUGGUUAUCUGAGGAAUAGGGUUCUUAAACGAAUCCAGAAUUGGAAUAACAGAUUUUUAUCUAAAGCAGGGCGGGAGGUACUCUUGAAAACUGUGAUUCAGGUCAUGCCAACUUCUGCUAUGAACGUCUUUCUUUUACCCGUGGAAUUAUGUCGGGAGAUGGAGGUCAUAAUGAACGGCUAUUGGUGGAACGGUAAUGGCGGCAAAGGUAUUAGAUGGAGAAGUUGGGACUAUUUAUGCAGACCAAAAAAAUUAGGAGGACUGGGGUUUCGGAAAAUCAGAGACUUUAACAAGGCCAUGCUAGCAAAACAAGGCUGGAAGUUGUUAACAGAGCCUGAUUUUUUGGCUGGACGAGUUUUUCAAGCUCACUACUACCCUGGACAGUCCUACCUCACAGCUUCAUUGGGCAAUAACCCCUCUUUUAUAUGGAGGAGCCUUGUUGAAGUUCAAGACAUCAUUCGGAAGGGAGUUAGAUGGCGAGUCGGUGAUGAGAAAUCCAUUAAUAUUUGGCGUGAUCCUUGGCUACCUGACAAAACCAACCCUUUAAUUUUAUCAGACUGUUUUCAAGGUUUGGAGGAGGCACCGGUGGCUGGUUUACUGAACACAACAAGAGAUGGCUGGGAUGAGGAUAUUCUGAAGCAUUUGUUUAAUGAUAGGGAUAUUGAUCUCAUCAGAAGGAUCCCAUUGAGCAAUAGGGUGGUUCCAGAUAGAAUGAUUUGGGCAGGAGAGGAGAAUGGACGUUUCACAGUUAGAAGUUGCUAUCGGAGGAUUGUUGGAGAAAUAGCUUCGGUCGAUUGGAUGGGUUGGGCAUCUAUGUGGUGUCUCAAUUUACCCUCUAAAAUUAAGGUUUUUUCUGGCAGGUAUGCUGUGGAUGCCUUCCAACAACAAGUAACUUAAAGUCAAGAGGAGUUGGAUGUGAAAUCCGAUGCGGCUUAUGUGGGGAGGAGGAAGAUGAAUCCCCAUCACUUGUUUGUCAAAUGUGGGAUGGCUAGAACGGUGUGGGGUGCAGCAAGCUGGACGAAUGUGGGUCAAUCAGCCCAUAAUUUUUUGGAUUGGCUUGAACUUGUCAGCAAAGUGCUGAAGACAGAGGAGAUGGAGAUGAUCGUUUGUGGGUGUUGGGGCUUGUGGAACGAAAGGAAUCAAAGAGUCUGGAGCAGGGUUCAGACGGAUGGAUUGCAAGUGAUGGAGAAAACCUGAAUUUUUGUGGAAAUUGAGCUAAGGUGCAGCGGCCUGCGUUAUUUUCUGGGAGCAGAUCUGGCGAGGUUAUUUACAGGUGGCAUCGACAGGUGGCAUCGACCGGUUGAAGGGCGGAGGAAGAUCAAUAUUGACGCUUCGACCGGAGGAGAGAGCUGCGGCUUUGGCUGGGUUGCUCGUGACUGUUAUGGUUCUUUUGUUGCAGGAGCAAGCAUAAAGCGUAGGGGUCAGAUGACUCCUUUAGAAGCUGAGCUAAUGGGCUUAAGGGAGGUUCUCAGUUGGCUAAAGGAACAACAAUGGGAUUUCAUUGACGUGGAAUCUGAUUCCCUAUUAGCUAUCAGUGAAAUUCGAAGUGGCUCCGGGGUUUCCUAUUCGAGUGUUCUGGCAGAAGACACAAGAGACUCGAUGGCUAAUUUUGUUAGUAUUACUUGUUCUCAUGAUAGACGUUCAGCGAACCGGGUGGCUCAUGUCAUGGCAAGGGCGGUUGGUUUUUGGUCUGAAAGUCAUGUUUGUUUUUCGGUUCCCCAACUUUUAUUAUUGAUGUAUUGAACAAUGAUUUGAUUAAUAGCGAUUGAUUUAAUUCUCUAAAAAGAUUUCUUUUUCUGAAAAAACAAUUUUGGGCUCUGAGAUCCAUCAUUCAUUUCCACAGGACAGGAGAAGCUGUGAUAAAAUAUACACCGUAGUACGGAGUUUACGGUUAAGCUCGCUGAGUUGAGAACUGUGAAAACCGUGGCAUGGCGGAUUACCACUUUGUAUAUAAGGAUUUGGAGGGAUGCUCAACACAAUGGGACGAUAUACAGAGAAAACUUGGAAAUCUCCCGCCAAAACCGUCGCCGUUCAAGCCACCAGGUUUCACGCCUGCCGAGGAUGAUGACUCUAAGCCCAAAGACAAGGCUUGGAUCGACCAUAAAACAGAGGAAGAGAGUGAAGAUCUUGAAGAAUAUGAUCUCGACGAAGAUCGAUUUCUCGAAGAAUAUAGGUAGAGUGUUGAAUCUAUGCGCUGAAUUUCCGUUGCUGAGAACUGGCUUUAGAAAAUUGAUUUACGCAAAACUGAUUCAGAUGAAAUUCAUUUGAAAUUUGAUUUUAGUGCAAUGUUUAAGUAAGCAUUAUGAAUAUUUCACCUGAUUACUCCUAUAAAAACCUGAUUUGAUGUUUUCAAUCCCCUGAGAGGGUAGGGUUCUCAUGAUUUUGAGAGAUCGCCUGUCAGCUAACUUAAUUUUAUUUAACCUGCCUGGAAGAAGAGGAAUGCUUAUAUUUUAUAUGAAAGAUUUGUUUUUUCUCUGAUUGGGUUAUGGUAGAAUAAGCAAAUGGACGAGUCGUUUCCUUCAUUCUUUUCCUUACAUGCAGAUCUUCCUUUACAUUCAUUUGAACUUUAUGUAUAUUUAAACAAAUGCAUCUCCUUUAUUCACUUUCAAAAGAUAAGUGAACUUGAUGCCAUAAAUUGAAUUGAGAUAAUGGUACUAAUAGGUUUUCUUGCAAUUUCUUUGUGUUAAGAAGAAGAGGUUAACUGAGAUAAGAGAAGCAGCUAAGGUAGCAAAGUUUGGUUCAGUUAUUCCAAUUUCACUUUGUUCGUGAAGUCUCACAAGCGCCUCAAGACAUUUAGGUUGUGGUAUUGCUCUAUAAAGAUGGAUACCCAGAGUGCAGGAUGCUUUUGC